UCCGUGAGGUGGAACGUCUUACCUCGCUUCUCCCUGCACUUAGUGAUCAGUAGUCUCUUCGUAUCCCCUCUUACAGAUCAUCCUCCUCACGGGGACCCCGAGGCACAGAAGCCCUUCAGGAAAAUGCAGCAACAGCAGGAAGAGGAAAGUCUGAGCAGCAGCAGUGACCUCACAGUUGCCGUAAGUGAAGAUGGUCUGAUUUUAGAGAGUCCAGAACCACAGCCAAAUCCCAGUGACAAGAUGGAGGGAGAAGAUGGAAUAGAGGCCUUAAAAUUAAUCCACUCUGAGCAAGAAAGAGGUGCCCUAUCCACCGAAAAACAUAAUUGUAUUUUGCAAACUCUAAGCUCUCCUGAUUCAAAAAAGGAAUCCUCCACUAACUCACCAACAAGAGAGCUCUAUAAUCACAGUGACAUUCUGAAAGAAGACCUUGAAGCCUGUGGAACAGCUGUCCUUCACCAGCCUCCGAGACUCUUACCUGGAGGUGGCAGCCAUGAAAAGCAAGUCAGAUCUGAACAAGCGUCAGCCUCAGGCUUGUUGAGGGCACAGUUGGGUCAGCACAUGGCCACCUUGAAAGAACGUGAUAAUUCUAUCACAGAAGAGGUAGCUAAGAAGUCUGAAGUUUUCCUAGUCACAAACGUGGACCAAAGGACAGGGAUCCAGGAUGAUUGGGCACACAAAAUAGGAGCUUUUCUCUCUGUGGAAACAGACAGACUAGAGCAGGAGAGGUGGAGAUCUGGAAAUGAGACAGGCCACAGUGGUCCAGCUUGCGUACUGACAACUGAGAGAUGGCAGAUCAAGGAGGUGACACUCUUCUUCACACCUGUCUUCCUGGACAGAUUCUGGAAGCAGAUGCAGUACAGUGGUCCAUGUAGGCAGCUGGAAUUGAGGCAUUAUGGCAGCCAGUGA